GGUGUUGGAAUUCUUAGAUUUUCAUAAGCUUGUAGAUGGAAAGGAUGUCUAUUGUUCAACUAUUGAGCAGAGCCAUGGAAGUUCAUUAGCCAAUUACAAUGUGGAUACAGAUAUCCCAAGAUAAGUAACCAUAUGGUUCCUACUUCUAUUUAUACAACCCUAAAUCAACAGCUUCAAAACACACUCAUUUAACAUAUAUUCACCUCAUUUCACUUCUUCUCUAUCUUAGUUCAAGCACAUCCAUUAAUUAAUGGCUGCUUCAACAAUGGCUCUCUCUUCUCCUUCUCUUGCUGGAAAGGCAGUGAAGCUAACUCCAUCCAUUCCAGAAGGUGAAGGAAGAAUUACCAUGCUCUUCCAGAAAAAGACAGCGGCCCCAAAAGCAGCUAAAUCAUCUAAACCUGCCGUUUCAUCUAACAGCCCAUGGUAUGGUCCUGACAGAGUUAAGUACUUGGGUCCCUUUUCAGGAGAGGCUCCAUCGUAUCUCAAUGGUGAAUUCCCUGGUGAUUAUGGUUGGGACACUGCAGGGCUUUCUGCAGAUCCAGAAACUUUCGCCAAAAACCGUGAACUUGAAGUGAUUCAUUGCAGAUGGGCUAUGCUCGGAGCUCUAGGAUGCAUCUUUCCGGAACUACUCUCGCGUAAUGGUGUUAAAUUCGGUGAAGCCGUUUGGUUCAAAGCCGGCGCACAAAUUUUCAGUGAGGGAGGAUUGGACUACUUGGGUAACUCAAGCUUAGUACAUGCUCAAAGCAUUUUGGCCAUUUGGGCAACACAGGUUAUCCUGAUGGGUGCAGUUGAGGGUUACCGUGUUGCUGGUGGACCACUUGGUGAGAUUGUCGACCCACUUUACCCCGGUGGCAGUUUCGACCCACUUGGACUUGCUGAUGACCCAGAGGCUUUCGCUGAGCUGAAGGUGAAGGAGAUUAAGAACGGGAGAUUGGCGAUGUUUUCCAUGUUCGGAUACUUCGUUCAAGCAAUUGUGACCGGUAAAGGACCUCUAGAGAACUUGGCUGAUCAUCUUGCUGAUCCUGUUAGCAACAAUGCCUGGGCUUUUGCCACAAAUUUUUCCCCCGGAAACUGAGUGUCAAGGCUAGUGUUGGUUCAUUCAUGACCUGGUAAUAAUUCUACCAGGUUGCUGGUAUGUCCUAGUGAUGUAAAUAGAUCUACCUGAGACACCUUUAAAUUAUGCGAUUUUUUCUGUAAUUUGAUUUCAUUUUUAACCAAUGAACUUAAUAUAUGCUCUUCAGUAAGAUUUUAAAAAUUUAUUGCAUUCA